CACUCAGCAUUUCUGAAAAGUGUACGGGCUGGUCCUCUGUCAGUUCUGGUACAUUCCUGGAGUUUCUAAUCAGCCUGAAUGGCCCAUUCCCUGUUGCUUCGCUGGAUCGUGCUACAGCUGUGUAUAGCACACGGUGUGUCUGACACGACAGUGAGAGCGAAGGUGGGGCAGUCUGUCAGGCUCCCCUGCACCUACAGCGUUAGAGAAACGCAUGACCUCCAUGUCAUGUGCUGGGGCCGGGGGAUCUGUCCGUCAUCUAAAUGCAGCAGUGAAAUUGUUCGCACUGAUGGGCAGAAGGUGAUAUCUAAACAGUCUGGCAGAUACCAACUCCAGGGUUCUAUCACCAAAGGGGAUGUGUCUCUGACUAUAAGGAAUGUGGACCACGAAGACAGAGGGACAUACUGCUGUCGCAUAGAGAUCCCUGGAUGGUUCAAUGAUAUCAAACGAAACCUGAAUUUGCAGAUUUACAGAGCACGCACUCCUCCCGCAAAGACAAUCACAACUGCCGUCCCAACAUCCACUACUCCGCCCCUGAUAACCAGUAGUGCACUCCCAACACCCACUGCUCCCCCAACGACAACCACAACUGCCCUCCCAACAACCUUUCCUUCCCCGACAACCAUUUUUCAGACAGCUUCUGCGUGCACUGAAGAUGAUGAUUUCAUUUUUUUCACAACAGAACACGUUCUCCCUACUGCAGAAUCACCAACUACAGAUCUGAUCUCCGAGAGGACUGAAAAUGUCGAUCCUGCUUUCACUACAGAAGGUGUUCUCAGUACAGAGACUUCAAAAGAUUCAAAACUCCAGUCGGAGGAAAGUGUAGAUAAUCCAGCACAGCACCUACAGAAUGAAAUUCCAACAGUAAUCAUCAGUGUGGUAGUGACGGUCAUUCUUCUCUUCACAUUCUUGCUGGUAGUGUUAUUGACAUAUAAACGCUCGAGGAAGUAUCAACUGCAUAUGAUAAAAAGCUCAGACUUAUCUGGAGAACAAAUUCCCAACGGAGUAGAAGAAGAGAAUACCCUUUUGACAAUGCAGCAGAUACCUGACGGCCAUUCAGUAUCACAGGGAACAUGUCACGAUCCUGUGGAAUCCAGCAUCUAAAAGAGGCUCUUUCAUGCUAGGCUGGAAAAUAAGGAUUAAUUCCUUGCUAACCCUGGAAAUAAUGAUGGGUACAAACCAAAACCCAGAUCCAAACACCUGAACUGUGGGGACUGUAAAACCUAGAAGCAGAUUUUACUCAAAGGUUUUUAGGCACCUAACUUCCAGGGGAUCCCCUGAGGAUCUGGGCCUUUUCCUCUUGAGCCAUCUUUAAAACUGCUGGAAAAAGUGGCCUCUAUUAGAAGAUAUUUUACCCAUUGCUUGCAUCUCAGAAUUCUUAAUCUCUUAAACCCCAACCAGGGCCGGCUCCAGGCACCAGCCCACCAAGCAUGUGCGUGGGGCGGCGCCUGGAGGGGGGCGGAGCAGCGGGGCGCUCUGGCCCAAGAGCGGGGCCGCGCCGGGGAGAGCGGAGCAGCAGUGGGCUCGCCACCCUCCCCCCGGUGCUCCGGCCGGUCGGGGAGAGCAGAGAGCCGCGGCGGACUCGCCGCCCUCCCCCUGGCGCUCUGGCCGGUCGGGGAGAGCGGAGAGCCCUGGCUGGGUUCGCUGCCCUCCCCCCAAUGCUCUGGCCGCCGGGGAGAGCGGAGAGCCCCGGCCGGGCUCGCCGCCCUGCUCCCGGCGCUCUGGCUGCCGGGGAGAGCGGAGAGCCCCAGACGGGCUCUCCGCCCUCCUCCCGGCGCUCUGGCCGCUGGGGGCUCUCCGCCCUCCCCCCGGCGUUCUGGCCGCCGGGAGCUCUCCGCCCUCCCCCCGGCAUUCUGGCCGCUGGGAGGAGGGUGGAGAGCCCCAGCUGGGCUCUCCGCCCUGCUCCCAGCGCUCUGGCCACCGGGGAGAGCGGAGCCGUGGCGGGCUCACCCCCCUGCCCCCGGCGCUCCGGCCGGUCAGGGAUUGCGGGCCCACGGCCGGGCUCGGCGCCCUCCCCUGCCGCGCUGGGGGAAGGGGGGGCGGCAGGUGGCUUUUUUGCCUAGGGCGGCAAAAAAGCCAGAGCCGGCCCUGACCCCAACCCUGGAACUGCUUGCUUAUGAGUAACUUCAAAGCACAUGAGUAAUCUUGCUGAAGUCAACUGGACUACACAUAUGCUUAGGAUCUGAGCCGUAUUUACUAAUAACAGCAGGGGUGCUGGAACAAUUUGUAUAGUGGGGGUGCUGAGAGCCAUUGAACCAAACUCUAAACCCUCUAUGUGAUGGAAACCACUUGAAGUCAGGGGGUGCUGUAUUACUGCUGGAAUAGAGUUUACCGUUCUCUAUAUUCUCCUAACCUGACUGCCUGAAUACAUGCUGUGGUGUGAACAAUAAUAAAGAGAAGAACUAACCUGGA